UGCUUUUCUUUCUUGUAUACCGGUGUGUUCAGAAUAGGAUUGGGUGAGGUGUAAGGAUGCACAGCCUGAAGGUGCUUGAUGGGGCUCACUGUUAGAAGCAGUUUAUGUUUUACCUCCACCCGGAUGUGGCUAAGCACAGCCCUUCUUGCGUUCCUGGGGCCCAAGGCUAACAGAAGCUGUGCAGAUCUCUUAACCUGUCAGCAGAAGGUUAUGCUCACUUCCCAAGCUCCAGAAAUGCCCAGGCAUGGAUGCAAAACAAUGAAAGCUGCACAGAGUCCAUGCCCAAGAUCUCCCCAAAAGAGAAGGGGGCUGGAGCUAUCCUCUCCAACCACCCCUCACCGCCCCCCCCCCCACCAUGCUGUGAGUCCAUUAAGUGUUAAAUAGCCACCGGGGUGUGAAAUUGCCUCUCUUCAAGUUAUCUAGAAAUACACAGCCCCUGUAAGCCUGAACUGGUGCCUGAGCAGGGGAGGCUAAGGCAGCAUCCCCAGGGCUGCCCAGCUGCUGGGUGGAUCUCUGUCCAUUGGGCCUGGGUCCUGGGUCCCGCCUUUAUGCCAAAGGAGGCAGCAAUUUGUCCUGCAGGUGCUGUAGGUACUGGAUUAAACAGGUCUGCUAUUGCAGACAGACACCAGGCACCGUUGUAGCGGGGAGCUGUGUUUGGAUUGGAGUUUCCAGGGCCUUAUCAGGAGCCACCCCUAGUGACACAGCGUGUGCCAGAACUAACUUUGACUUUCACUCUUCGCCAAGGGCUCGCAGAACACCUUAAAGGAAAAAAGAUGGAGGCGCUUAGAUUUCAGAUGUUCAUGCCAUGCUCCUUUGAAAGCUUGUAUCUCAGUUCCGCGGAGCAUCCUGGGGCCUCCAAGCCUCCGAUAAGCUCCUCCAGCAUGACAUCACGCAUCUUGCUACGCCAACAACUCAUGCGUGAGCAGAUGCAGGAGCAGGAGCGCAGAGAGCAGCAGCAGAAGCUGCAGGCCGCCCAGUUCAUGCAACAGAGAGUGCCCGUGAGCCAGACACCAGCCAUAAACGUCAGCGUGCCCACCACCCUUCCUUCUGCCCCCCAGGUGCCCAUGGAAGUCCUUAAGGUGCAGACUCACCUGGAAAAUCCUACCAAGUACCACAUACAGCAAGCCCAAAGGCAGCAGGUAAAGCAGUACCUUUCUACCACUUUAGCAAAUAAACAUGCCAACCAAGUCCUGAGCUUGCCAUGUCCAAACCAGCCUGGCGAUCAUGUCAUGCCACCAGUGCCCGGGAGCAGCGCACCCAACAGCCCCAUGGCUAUGCUCACACUUAACUCCAACUGUGAAAAAGAGGGAUUUUAUAAGUUUGAAGAGCAAAACAGGGCAGAGAGCGAGUGCCCAAGUAUGAACACGCAUUCCCGCGCGUCGUGUAUGCAGAUGGAUGAUGUGAUUGAUGAUAUCAUUAGCCUGGAAUCCAGUUAUAAUGAAGAAAUCCUGGGCUUGAUGGAUCCUGCCUUGCAGAUGGCAAAUACGUUACCAGUCUCCGGAAAUUUGAUGGACCUUUACAGCAACCAAGGCCUGCCACCCCCAGGUCUCACCAUCAGCAACUCCUGUCCAGCCAACCUUCCCAACAUUAAAAGGGAGCUCACAGCGUGUAUUUUCCCUACAGAGUCGGAAGCAAGAGCAUUGGCUAAAGAGAGGCAAAAAAAGGACAAUCACAACUUGAUUGAACGAAGACGAAGAUUUAACAUAAAUGACCGCAUUAAAGAACUAGGUACUUUGAUUCCAAAGUCAAAUGAUCCGGAUAUGCGCUGGAACAAAGGAACCAUUUUAAAGGCAUCCGUGGACUAUAUCCGAAAGCUGCAACGAGAACAGCAACGGGCAAAAGAACUUGAGAACCGACAGAAGAAGCUGGAACAUGCCAAUCGCCACUUGUUGCUCAGAAUACAGGAGCUUGAAAUGCAGGCUCGAGCCCACGGACUUUCCCUCAUCCCAUCCACGGGUCUCUGCUCUCCCGACUUGGUGAACCGGAUCAUCAAGCAAGAACCAGUCCUUGAGAACUGCAGCCAAGAUCUCCUGCAGCACCAGGCAGAGCUGACUUGCACCACCACCCUCGAUCUCACCGACGGCACCAUCACCUUCAACAGCAGCCUCGGGACCAGGCCUGACAGCAACCCAGCCUACAGCGUCCCCACAAAAAUGGGCUCCAAACUGGAAGACAUCCUGAUGGACGAUACCCUCUCCCCUGUUGGCGUGACCGACCCACUCCUCUCCUCAGUUUCCCCAGGAGCUUCCAAAGCCAGCAGCCGGAGGAGCAGUAUGAGCAUGGAAGAAACUGAGCAUGCGUGUUAGCGCCACCCCGCAUCAUCCCAGACGGCUCCUUGUUUCUUCAUUAGUAGACUUCAUAACUUAACCUGAAAGGGUUCUCUUGAUAAUUUUCCUUUAAUAUGAAUUUUUUUCAUGCUUUAUUGAUAGCCCAGGACAUAUUUUAUUUUUAGAAUUUUGUGAAACAGACUUGUAUAUCCUAUUUUACAGCUACAAACGCCUCCAAAGUAUUGUACAGCAAAGUGUGCAGUAUCUGUGAAAUGAACUCUCCAGACAGGAGCUUUCUGAGCAAGAGGAUUUUUGCAUCAAAGAAGUGUCUGUGUGCAUUAUUAUUAUUAUUAUUAUUAUUAUUAUUAUUCAGGGGAAAACUUGGCUUGAGAUUUUUAUGCUUGUGACUUCUUUGGCAAUUACAUGUAAAGUUUAAUUGAAAGAAUGUAAGGCAACCCCCGCUCCCCACCCCACCCCCAAAAAGAAGAAGAAAAGGACAAGAAGAAAAAGAGGAAAAGACACCCAUACUAGCCGCCCUUUUCCAGUUUAUAAAUGUAUUGAUUCAUUGGUACUGCCUUAAAGACACAGUGCCAUUCAUUCUCGUAUCAUUUAGUCUUUACAUUGCAAACUAUUUAACAGAAUAGUAUAUUGUAUAAGACAAAAAAAUCACUCAUUUUCAUGAGGGUUGUCUGGUUAGAAUAUGUAACUGAUACUAACCAAAAUGGAAGGGAGCUAGACCAAGGCUCUGAAGAUUAGAGAUAUGGUCCAAUCUUUCUCUCUUUUAUGUGGUACAGUUACAGUUCUCUUUAAUGAGUGUGAUCCAACUUUUUCAUAAGAUGUAUUUUAUUUUGAAGUGGGAAGGAAUGUCCUCUCAAAGUAAAAUAUUGAGGAGCACUGAAAGUUUCCCUUCUUUUUUUAAUUUCCUUUUUCUUGCUUUUUGAUAAGAAAACUGAACUGGGCAUAUUUCUAAUUGGCUUUACUGUUUUUAUUUUUAAAUUCUGUUUUAGUCAUCUGAUUUGUACAGAUUCUUUAUUAUCAUCAUUCUUUUCAGUGUUUGUAUUAAUUUGUAAGAAUUUGCAUCUUAAAGUAGCAAGUUUUCAAUAUUUUUUACAGCUCACUGGUGGUUUUCUGAAUUCUUUGUACACCCAAGAAAGAAAACUUUUCUGCAAGGUCUUGCAUUUAAGCAAGCUUUGCAAAUAUUUUGUACAUUACAAUCUCACUCAAAUACUGUUUUCCAGUAUACUUAAGAUGUAGUAUUAAUAGGUUUCAACCUGGCUUUCUAGAAAAAUACACUUACAUAUUUAUUUUUAGGAUACGAAGAUAGCAAUAUUCUUGGAAACUGAUAACCACCAAAGCGAUACUACAUCCAUUAUGGCCAUUUAAAUUGGGGUUUAUUGCAACAAACUUGCUAGAUCUUUUUUUUUUCCUAAGAGAGAAAAAGAAAUACUAUAUUGGCAAAUCACUGUUACUUGUUAACAAGUUUCUUAACAAGCAGACAUGUUGUAAAGUUAGUUUUGGUGCAUUAUCUACUUGUGUAGCCCUAUGCAAUAACAGUAGUGUUACAGGUAUCAAGCCUAGAUAUUUUAUACAGACAACUUAUAGUGUUACAAGCCAGGCUGUUGGAUGGGAUUUCUCAGUAGCAGCCUGUGAUUGAGUAGUGAGUGACAUAAAGCAUAUCCAUUCAGAAUGAAGUGCCUUAAAAAUGUAGCAGUAGUCUCUUUUGGCUUAGCACUGACUGAACUAUAAAGUCAGAGAAUGUUACACGAUGGUAUCUGUAGUGAAAGGAACAUGUAGCAUGGUGCCUAUGUAGACAAUAUAAGAGCUUCCAAUUUUUCCUUCAGAUAUUUUUAAUAUGAAAUAUAUUUUAGUGACAGAGUGCCAACUUCUUUCAUCAGAAAAUCUUAUUCAGGAGGGUUUUUUAAAAGUGUUUAAAUGUCUAAUGUGAAUUGAUGACGGACGAUGGAAGGGUUUGAGAGAAGCGAUUGUCAGAUGCCUAAAUGGAUGGCCUAGGUGGAAAUUAUCAAGUGCAUAGAUCCCAUGCACAUUGGGCAAUGAGUAUCCUUGGAAACAUUGAUGAUGCUUUCAGUUUUAUAGCUUUAUUACUUAAGGGGGUAGGGAAAAUAACUUCCCAUUAUUUCAACCCCCUUAGUUGUAUAGCUCUUUUCCUAGACUAGUAAUGCAAAUCUGCAUGAACAGCUAAUUGUACCAUAGUGUUCAUCGAUACAAUCAUAGCAUUGUCUAUUUUUCUCUUCAUAUUUAUAUGGGGGAGAGGGGACUGGAUGCACAAGUUGAAGAUCAUGACACUAUGAAGGUAGUUUUCCUUAGCUGAUCUUGAGGGUUUUUAACAAGAGAGCAAAGUUUCACAAAGCUGACUCACCCAUGGUCCAGAGAAGACAGCCGUGGUGGAGCAACUGUACAGGAAGCUUUGUGGAGGAAGGUAUGGCAUCUUCUACCACUACCCUGAGUCUUGCAGCCUCUAAGCUUGUCGUCACCUGCUUUCCUGUGAUUGUCCUCCAGAGAGACAGCUGUCGGGCUAGGCAAGUGACCAACCACAGGAUGCAACCUUGGGGGUGGUUUUAUUUAUUUCUUUUCUGCCAAACAGAGUGUGGAUUUGAUUCAGAGACUAGUUAAGCCAAGAGACAGUGGUUUGGGCUUGUUUGUAAUGAAGGAUCCAUACCUCUCCCCUCAUCCCUGGGUGCAGAACUGUAAUGCAGGGUUGGGCCUCCCCUUUGGAGCGACCAAAAUACCAAAAUAGUUCAUCUGCCUCUGGGUAAGGCAAUGGAAAAACCAAACUAUCUGACUUUGCCAAAUAAAACCUAUACAACCAACCCGGUCUUAUCUAGAGGAUGACAAAGUUCUUUCUGGUUGUUUUUUAAAACAAUAAAGCAAUAAGAACAAAUAAAUACUUAGGAUGUUAAAAGAUACACAAUAAAGCACAAAGGAAUGCACUUAAUUAAUAUUUUUGACAAAUGCACUGGGGAAAAGUUGACGUUGCUAACAAUAUAACAAACCCUAUUUCUUGAUAAAAAUGACAAAUGACUGUCUCUUGUGGACGCUUGGUACUGUAAUAUUAACGAUACUCAUGGGCUGCUAGAAGCAGCAAUAAUUUCUGUAUGGUCCAUAGCACUGUAUAUUAUGGAUUGAUAUUAAUGUAUCCAAUGAAAUAAUGGAACUGUUGUUCUCGAUAGCCUCAUUAAAGAAUUUGGUUUUUCAUGUGGUGGCCA